CAAGAUUCCAGCUCUAUGGAGACGAGUGACCUCUGCCCAGCGUGUCACCGACCUUUCGACAGCGGCAAGAAGCGGAAGUUGAUCGACUCCUGCGGUCACGAGCGCUGCUACACCUGCAUGUUCAACAGCGAGAUCUGCCCCAUCUGUGUCGCCCAAGCUCAAAUGCAGCGAGACGCCCCACGGCCUCUAGUUGACCCCUCGGGCUACACGGCCCAUCGGCCCAAGCUGAAAACCAACGGUCACCUACUCGCCAGUGGUAUGAAGCAGAGAUCUGAGUUACCGGAGCUACCCCCCAGGGGCCGCCUGACGCCCUCACCCUCAGGUUCAAAGAUGGCGCCACCUGUUCCAGCUAAACCCAAGUACUUUCAGCCAAUCACAGCUUUAGGCCCGCCCAGCCAGCAGCCAAUGGGCUACCAGUAUGGCAACAGAAGUCCCAGCCACUAUAGCAGUGACUCAGCCCUAGGGUCCCCUGACGUCAGCACUAAGUCCAACAUCUCUGCAGGACCCCUAGAUAAUGGUAAAGACAGUCCACCUCCCCCUCCCCCUGACGUGGCACAGAAUGACCUCAUGAUGCGCCUGGGUCUUCUCCUGGGUGACCGUGUCCCACCCCUGGGGGCAACACCGCCUCCAGGUGUCCAGGAUAGCUCCGCCAACACCCCACAAAGUGAUGCGGCCUUCAACACCAUUUCUUCCUUGUCUAGCAGUGAGCAUACACCUGAGAGGUGUCUGUCUGACACUAGCCCCAUGUCCACUUUAACAGCCUCAUCCGGGAGCGAACUGGGCACGCCCAUAUUGGGACUCCGCACCCACCCCACUUCUUUGUAUCCCGCAGGGUCCCGGGACUUUAGCGCUGACAGUGUCACGUCGUUGAUGUCAACCAGUAGUGUCAGCCCUCAGGCUACAACACAGAGACCCCACUCUAUCACUACCUCUAUGCCAGGUGCUAUAGAAGAAUUGCCUAUGUUUAGUGGGAAGAGAAGAUCUUCCUUGAGGCGAUCAGCUAGAGCCACAUUAACAGAUGGACGACCCCGGUUUACCCCCAUCAAGCCACCCCAACUACAGCUGAAGCCGCUUGUGUUUGAGGUGCCUCACCCUGAAGGGAAGCCGGUGUUUGUGGGGCGGGCCUGGUUGUUCAACGAACUGGAAACUGUGCUGUGUGGGGAUGGUGGGGGUGUCUCCAAGCCAGGGGGUGUGGUCAUCGUAGGUGGGCUGGGCACGGGUAAAACAGCCAUCGUGGAGCAGCUGGUUGAUCAUAGCUGUUUUGGUGAUGGGAACUCUGGUCUUGUCCCACCUAGGCCACCCUCACAAGCUCACCAGAGCCGCACAGCCUCCAACUCUCAGCUGACAGACUACGCAGCUUUGAAUGGCCUCGGCUUCCAGGUGGUGGCGUACCACCUGUGUCAAGCUGACAACAACUCCACCUGCAUGGUCGCAGACAUGGUGUCCAGCAUCGCUGGUCAGCUAGCCCGGGCACCACAGCUGACCGCCUAUAGAGAUCUGUUACUGCAGGAACCACAGCUUCAAAGUCUUCUGAGUAUUCGUGACUGUAUCCAGAAUCCUUCCUUGUCUUUCCUGAAAGGUAUUUUAGAACCACUGAGGAUGCUAAAGAAUGCUGGCAAGAUCUUCUCCGACAGCUGCAUUAUUUUGAUUGACUCGUUAAACGAGGCAGAAUUCCACAAGCCCGACUACGGUGACACCAUAGCCUCGUUUGUGUGUCGCCAUGCCAACAAGUUCCCCUCCUGGCUGAAACUGGUGCUGACAGUGCAGACGGCCCUGCAGGAGAUCACUUCCUCCCUGCCGUUCCACCGGGUGCUCCUGGAUAAGCAUGGCGACCAGUCGGAGAAUGUAUCCAAAGACAUUGUGGAUUACGUGGAGCACAGAAUCUCAACAAGUUCCUCCAUCCGCAGCAAUAUAUCCAUCAACGGCCGGCUGGAUAAGGACAUGCAGGGGAAGUUUUCCUCCCACAUCCAGGGAUUAAGUAAAGGAAGUUUUCUCUAUGCAAAGCUCAUUCUUGACCUUAUAGAAGGAGGUCAGCUUGUUCCAAAAUCUUCCAACUAUAAAAUUCUUCCCGUGAACUUGUCGGAGAUUUUCCUUCUCCACUUCAACAUUAGAUUCUCCAGUGUGAGAUCGUUUGAACGAGUUUCCACCAUCCUGGGGGUCUGUUUAGCUGCCUUAUACCCUUUGACCCUGGAGGAUAUUUUUCUUACCGUCAACUCAGGAUACACCCAGAGGUACAUCAGCUGGGAAGAUUUUUGCCAAAGGAUGAAUGUGCUGGCAGGAUUUCUGUACCGUCGUCAUGACAACACGUACAUGUUUUUUCACCCAGCUUUCAGGGAAUGGUUGAUCAGGAGAGAUGAGACGGAUUCCCCUAAAUUUCUUUGUGAUCUUCGCAGUGCAGACUUUGAUUACCGGAACGGCCAUGCUCUCAUGGCUUUCCGUCUGUCGAGAGUGUCAGCGCCGCUGCCCCCGGAGAAAACAAUUGAGCUGGGCCACCACAUCCUGAAGGCCCACAUCUACAAGACCAUCAGUCGCCAGCUGGGCUACUCGUCCAGAGACAUGCAGGCCUACUGGAUGUGUCUGAGCUCUAACAGCCUCAACACAGCCCUGGUCUCUCACAGGAACAUCUUCUCACCCAAUGUCAAGGUGAGCCGACUGAUCCUCCUCUCUGGAGCCAACCCCAACACCCGCACGGAGUACCUCAACAACGCCCCUCUCCUGUGUGUGGCUGCCAGAGAAGGAUUCGCAGACAUGGUGGCGCUGCUGAUGGAGUUUAACGCCGACCCUAACGCCACCUCUGACACCUCCAUGACACCACUGUGUCACGCGGCCGCAGCAGGACACCGUGACGUCAUGAGAAUGCUGUGUUUGAGAAAUGCAAGGCUGUCUGCGCAGGACAACCAAGGCCAGUGUGCUGCCAUACAUGCUGUCAUCCACGGUCAGCUGGACGCACUUGUUUUCUUGCUGCAGAGCAACUGGGCAGUGGUGACUGGCGAGCCAACCAAAGAUGAGGCCGUCACCCAGAGCUUUGUGGCAGCUGCAGCCACUGGCAAUAGACAGAUCCUGGAGUACCUACACCAAGCUUACAGUGCUUCUAGACUUAAUUUAGUUGACUCCCUGCAGCAAGAAACUGCGAUGACAGCUGCAUGCCUGUUUGGCAGGAAGGAGGCUGUACACUUUCUGCUGGAGUGUGGCGCCGACGUGACAAUCUCCAACAGCAAGUCUUUCACUCCGCUCCUGUGUGCCGCCAAGUCAGGGAGGUGGGAAAUCUGUGAUAUGCUCCUGGCUAAUGGCGCUGACCUGACCACACCAGACAAAUAUGGCCGCACGCCGCUGAUGAUUGCUUCAGGGGAGGGGCAUGUGAGGGUGGUGAACUUGUUGUUGGAUAAAGGUGCCUGCCAGAAAAGUACAGACAAAGAAGGCCUGACAGCACUGUGCUGGGCGUGUCUACGUGGUCAUAUGCCAGUUGUUGAGUCACUGGUCAAGCACGGGUCAGACAUUCAUCAUACGGACAACAGUGGACGCAGCCCUUUACACCUCGCAGCCUUCUACGGGGAUGCUAAUAUUGUUCAGUUCCUGAUAGACCAUGGCACAUCUAUAGAACACACAGACCUGAGUGGGAUGCGUGCCCUGGAUAGAGCCAUAGCAUCACGGAACACAGCAGUCAUAGUUUGUUUCCUCAGGAAAGGGGCUAAACUAGGUCCUGACACAUGGGCAAUGGCAGCAGGAAAAACUGAUGUGCUACUUCUCUUGUUGAAUAAAUUGAUGGAAGAUGGUAACAUCCUGUACAAGAAAAACAGAAUAAAAGAAGCAUCACAGAGAUAUCAAUACGCCUUGAAAAAAUUCCCAAAAGAAAAUAGUCCUGAGGAAGCCCAGACGUUUAGAGAAUUGAGGUUGAACUUUCUUCUCAAUCUUUCAAGGUGUAAGCGUAAGAUGAAUGACUUACAAUCUGCGAUAGACUUAGCUACCAAAGCUCUGGAGAUCAGACCCAAAUGUUUUGAAGCUUUUUACGCCAGAGCUCGAGCUAAGAGAGAUGACAAGCAGUUCUCAUCCGCUCAGCAAGACAUUCUAGAAGCGCUGAGGCUGGCGCCUAAAAACAGGGAGCUCCAGAGACUCUUGAGCCGUGUCAAGGAGGAAUGCAAGGAACAGAUGGCUCGCUAUGAAAGCGGCAUGAACACAGGGGCCGGUGUGGAUAUGGAUAGGAUAUCCGAAGAUGAAGAUUCGCUGGCGAUAGACCACCGGAUAACUGAUGAGACACCAUUGUGACAUGAGGCAAGGGGAAGGUGGGGCGGGGACAAGGUUUAAAAACAAACCAGCUAUAUGCCUAGGUUAUUACUAAUUAAUUUGUUUCUCUAGUUUGUUAUGGCUAAUUAAUAAAAUGUGCAUAUUAAGAUCUGAUUUUACUCACUAGUAAAAUAAUGCUGGAAUGAAACUCACUUAUUAACAAAAUAACAUUAUAGUAGUAAUAUCAUUUCAUACAUUUAUUUAUUAUUUUAAUAAAUAAUUAUUUUUUGGCUUUUAAACAUUGACUUUUAAAAUAUUUUUUUUUAAUUCUGAAAAGCAUUCGUCGCAAUUGUUAACAGCACCUUACAUCGCCUCCUUUCCCUCAUUUUGUUGCUACAAAUGUUUCAUAUUACAUUUUUACUUGAAUUUAUGUAUAAUAAGUAAAUUCAGGUAACAGCUUCACUGUAUCAUAGCUAAAGUAGUUCAAAGAAAAGUUGGUGUUUUUUUUUGUUACCUACACUAAGGGAAGUCACUCAACAUUCCCUGGUGUUUUUCUAAUACUUAUUUUAUUCAACUUGUUUCAGCUUGCAUUUUUUGUUGGUUUUCUUAAUGCACAUUUUGCACAAUCUUUGUAAUUUUUAUAACACAGUUUUUGUUAUGCAUAGUUUUUUUUUUUUUUAUUUUGUAAGAAGGAACAAUAGUGUAAUUAAACCAAGUGUGACUUGUCUUACAGUUAAUUUAAUAACAAGAUCAAAUAAAUUUUAAAUCAUUAGUAAGGUAUUCCGUCUCUUCUCCAUAAUUCAUUUCACUAUAGUAAAAAUGUUUCAUUUAUUUUUUUAAUUAAAAUUUAUAUAUGUAACUUGUCAAUAGAAUUUUUGAUUGAUACUAACAGAAUGAGUUUCUUAAAGAACCUCAUUCACUGCAUAGAAAUCUUUUUGUGAAAAUAAAUAGUUACGCAAUGUCAAGAGUUGAGAUAAGUGAUAAUGUGGUUUAAUAUUUACAUCCUGUAGAACUAUAUUCUAUUUCACCAGAUAACAAAUAUAUAUAUUUUAACAAUUAACUGACAGUUUUAAAAAGUGAAUAGUCUAUGUAUUAUUCCGUAUUAUUUUAAUGUUGAGUUUUAAAACAGAGACGUGAUAAACCAUUUGUGUUAAUAAAAAACGAUUUUGUGCCUGUAAAAGUUUUGUAUUUAUAAAUAUGUGUAUAUUAUGUGUAAGCAUAUAUGUAAGCACAUAUGUAGAAUGAUACACAUAACUGCUGAUGUUUGAUUUUUAGUUGUGCCAUUACAUGGCUAAGAUCUAAAAUAAAUUUGUUUUUUCCAUAAUUCCAAAUAUAUAAACAGAUUGUAUGUAUAGCAUGAAAAAAAUUCUUGUACAAUAUUGGAUUGAUCCAUGUGGUGCUACACUUCAUGAAUAAUUUAAUUUAUAUUUUUAAAAAUGUAUUCUGAUUUCUGUUUAAUUAAAUACUUGGGUGGCUUUUCUGUGGCUAAUGCUAAUUCUGAGUUCUGGCAUAUACCAUAAAUCUGAAGAAAACUUAGCGUUAUCCUGCUCUUUUAAUAAAAAAAAACAUUUCAUUAGCCUACAUAAAUCUACAAAUAUCAUAACUGCAAGUAUUUUAGCAAAUUUAGUUGUUUUUUUAAAGUAACUAAAUGUAAGAAUAACCAUUUAGAAAGGUGUAUGUAAAAAUACUUCAUAGAAUUAUAUUUAAUUUUUAUUUAUAUCUGCAAAGAAAUUGUAUCCAGAUGGAGUAGUGUAUGUACAGUUUUUGUCUAUGCUUAUGUUAGCAGUUACCAAACAAUGAGUUGUUUGAUUUGUAGUUUUUUUUUAUUAUUAUUCGUUAUUAUUUGUUAAGAUGCAAUUUUUUAAAGAAAUGCAUUUUAAUUGUAAUUGUUUUUUUCUAAUGAUGUGGGCAUGAAUGUGUGAUAAAAAGUGAUUCACUGCUUGCGUCUAAACUCUCUCAAGCAUUAGAAUAACCACAGACUUGUGAAGAGAGUAAAGUUCUGCUUUUGGGUCUAGUUGAGCCGUUGAUGGGUCAAAUGAAUGUGUGAGGCAGUGUGGAGCUAUCAGGCUCAGCACUUUUUGAAAAUCAGCUCCAACUGAAUAAUGCUUGGAAUGUUAUGUGAUUAUCCCUAUAAAAAUAUAUUUAUUAAAAAUCUGAAUGGGAAG